AUGACGACCAUCAACGACAUCGCGGACCUGGUAAGGGUACUGCGGGAAAACCCCGAGUGGCUGGACACCCUGCGAGGAGUUCUGAUCUCCGACGACUUGGGCACGGUGCCGGCCUCGCUUAAGGAGAUCGACCGGCGGCUGGCCAGCCUGGAAGCCCAGCUGGGAGACGUGAAAACGGAGCUGAGCACCGUGGGAGGACGGGUCAGCAACCUGACCGGAGACGACUACGAGAGCUUUGCCGCCCGCUACGCGCCAAGACGGAUGAACCUGGCCGACACCAUCGCCAGCAUCACCCUCACCUACCAGGACCGACGGCACAACCUCCUCUGGCUGGGCGAACUCGCAACCAACGCGAUGCUGCAAGGCCGCAUAACCCAGGACGAGGCCGACGACCUGAGCAGCCCUGGACCUGGUCUUCACCUUGACACCCACGACACCGAAAGGGCCAGGCGAAGGGCAACCAUAUUGGCCCGGGCCCAGGGACUUGCCGUAUCAGCAUUUACCAUCGGAGCUGCAAUCACCGACGAGGCCCGCGAAUUGGGCGGACAGGUCGGUGUCACCCACAUCCACCUGGAGCAGCCGGAACAGGAGUAA